UGAUUGUCAAAAUCCCAGCUCCGCAGGUACAAUUUAACACCAUGACGAAUGUAGCACCUCCACGUGGCUGCAGGGUUCACGUGCAGCCCGGUUGAUUGCCUACAAACCUACAAAUCUGACAUGUGGUAAAUCCAUCGUACGAGUGUAAGAAUUGUAUCGAUGAUAGAGAAUCCGAAUUUUGAUUCAUACUUGGAGCAAUCCGAUUGAGCUGUAAUGCUCUUUCACAGAUGUCCAUUCGGGGCGUGUCUGAAAGCUGCAACAACAAACAGUACAAAAACACGAUAGGAGUGUAAAGUAUAGGGAAGGGAAGCAAAAUUGCUACAUACUUAAAGAUUUUUAUUUCCUAUUUAUUUACCGUGUAAAGCCCACUUAGCUAUAUUGCAUGCCACGUCAAUAGAGGCAACUGCAGCCAUCUGGAACGCUUCUUCCUUCUGAUGUUAGGAUGCCACUGGAGCCAUGCACUUUUGAAAAGCUCGUUUCUUUAGAACGGCUUCUUGUGUUUAGUUUAUUGUCCCCCCCCUCCCCCUCCCCGCACCUCGGAUUAGCAUGUUUCGCUACGUACGGUGCGAAGGAAAUUCAACAUACGUGCUGGUCGUCCUGUACAGAGAAAGAUCCUCGCCAUGGGAAUGUGGAAUUUCCACCAACGGCUCAUGGCCACCGGCAGAGAAGAGCACCCUUUGCCGUUUCUCGUACGAGCUGCGAGCCAACUCCCUACUCGGGCUCUGACCCGGCGGCAGCUAGAGGCUGGCGGUCGUGGUUUCACAACAGACAUUGUGCAUGCACAUCCUUUGUAGUAGCGCGCGUUUAUCGUUGUGUGCGUCGUCAUCGCGUGGCCGAGCGUCGGCGGCACGGCGUCGAGUUCGCAGCCUUGAAGGCGGCAAAAACCUUUGGGCACACGUGCCCUGCAGCGCGCCCGCACUUGCGAGCGCGCGUGCCGUCCGCUGCGACACGGGGCUUGCGUUUUCGUUCACACUUUAUUGCAGCACGCCAGCCGGCCUCAUGUGUAUGCGAAGCAUGUUCCUCUAGCUCGCUAUAUUUAGGCGGUCUGUGUGUGUGCGUGUGUGAGCGCGUGUGUGUGUGUGUGAGCGCGUGUGUGCGCGCACGCGUUUUUGUCCCCUCGCACUCGCGUGCAGGCGUCCGUACGCGAGCGAGUGUUGCGACCGCUAAACAUACGCCACUCGCUCUCCGCGUACCAGGGGAUGGAUGCUCUCCGGCCUGUUUAGUCGACGGGGCUUGGUUAGCCUCCAGUAACCAAUUAGCGUUGUAUUAGAUAAUUGCAUGUAUCAUUCACGUGUGGAUUUUUGUUUUCCGCUUUGGGGUUUGUGGGUUCGCUUUGGGAGGCGGAUGUGAAUGAUGUAAUCGCUGGAGAAGCGCGCAAGCUCAAUCAAAUUGUGCGCAUCCGCGAUGUUCACCCUGUGCAGUGCCUUAGCGGGGAUUCGCUACAAAAAUUCUACCGCAGGUCCUUUUUUUUUUUUCCCCUCUCUCCUCUCCCCUCCGUUCGGCUUUGUCCCUUAAGUUAACACGUGCAUACGAAUGCACGAAGUAAAAUAAGCGGAACGAAAUAACCGAGAGGAGGAGGACUUACACGCACACGUCUCUGUGGAUUAUUUCGGUGCAAGCGGGCAACUCGGUGCUGGACGCGGUUGCGUCCUCAAGGCCCCCCGUGGAGGUCACGGAUUUGGGAGGAGACGCGCGGGUGCCCGGUGAAGGUUGUGUGAAGGACGGCUCCUCUGCGUGGCCGCCGCCGCCGCCAUCGCCGCCGCCGUCGUCGCCGCUGUGGAUAAUCGGCAAGCGCGGAGCCAGGAAUACAAAAUUGCGCGCGACCGCCAUGAAGUUUGACCGUCUGCCGGUGGCGCUGGUGUCCCAGCGGGCUCGCGGCGGCCUGCGGGACGUGCGAGGUUAAGGCUCGUGCCAACAAACACCCCCCCCCACCACCACCAUCCACUCCGCGUGGUUCUCCACGCCGUUCCCUGUGACGGGCCGGACACUGCAGGAGCAGGAGCGGCAGCAGCGGCAGCGGCGGCAGCGGCGGCGGCGUCGGACCUCCUGUCUGCGUUCUCGGGAGAGGAUGAAACGCAGCGGCUGCGGGAGCGUGACCAAAGCCUGAAUUUAGCAUUGUUUCGCUCGACUGCUUUUAAACGCAGCCAGCGGCCUCGUUCUCAUCCCCCCCCCCCGUGCCCACUAUCGCUCGGUGCUGCAGCAGUUUGGCGGACAACGGCAAGCGCAGAUAAGUGGCUGCAUCGGUGCCCUGUUAAGGCACAGUCUCGAUCAUUAUUGUUCUUUUGAUUUUUUUCUUAAUGCAAGUGCUUUCACGUGGGUUUUUUUGUAAUCCGUCACAUGACGAUUGUGAAAUCCGAGCAUAUAUAUGUGUGUAGUCGCUCAAAUUGUCCGAUUAACCGUUUUAAUCUAAUUCCUAAAAUUAGCACGUAAAAUGUAAUAAUAUGUCAAGUUAGACAAUCUGCAAAUGAAGCGCAGUCGGUAGCAGGAGAACCGCUGACUGUGCUGCUAUGCAGAUUGGUCGUUAUGAAAGGAAUCGACGCUUUCUGUAAAUCUGGCUCAGCCUUGCUUUGUUUGCAAGCGAUCAGCCUUUGAUUCUGUGAGUUUUUCAGUUGUAAACCAUUUGCUGGUUAUGGCUAUAUCUUCUAUGAUUUACCACGUGCGGUAUUUUAUUAAAACUCUACUAAAUACUUAGCUGUACUAAAUCAUAUUGGUUUGUAUAGUUUGUAAAAAAAAAAGUCUAAUGAACACACAGGAAAGUCGGUACCUCUGAUAGGAGCGUUUUUUUUAAAAUUUUGCAAAAAAAUGCAACGUCCAAUUUACUUGUGUUUUACAAGUGCAGCUUCUGGAUAUUGAUUUAAUGGUUUUGUGAAAGGUGAUCACGAUCCGACCUUUCCUAAUUGAGAGUGAUCAAGUCCAGAGCGAUGGCGGUUCAUCGGUGUCUAUGAAAUAGGAAUAGUGUUUCUGGUCUCGCGGUCGCGACCCCCUUGGGUGGAGCCUCCGAGCGUGUUGCUUUCAAACUCAAAGUCCUCAAACGCCGCGGUCGAGCCACCUGACUGGGGGGGCUGGGUCGAAGUUGCAAACGCGCGCCGGGCCACAAUGGGCAACGUGCUCUCCUGCUGCGUGCGCUGGUCGUCCUCGCGACGGCCGGACCAAGAGGCCGUGUCCCUCUUGUCCAACGGGUCCCCGGCGCCAGCGUCCCCUCGCUACGGCUCGCCGGAGCACGCCACCGUUUUCCGCGAGUCCCCCGGGGGGAUCCUCAACUCCGGCUACGGCGGCGACGUCACGAACGGCGGGUGCGUCGUCGAGGGCCCCGCGUUUCACGGCGGGCGUCGGCUGAAGCGCGGCGUGCUGGGCGACUUCCCUCCGGAGUACGCGCUGCACGGCUCCUCGGACCUGCGAGGCUUUGUGGUUGGGGGCGGCUGCUGCCGGGAGGACUCCGCGUGCGCCGCCGCCGUCGCCGCUGGGCCGUGGGAGUGCGGCGUCUGCGGCGGCGACGGGGCGGGAGCCGGCGUCCUUGCGCGCGGCGGCGGCGGCUACGCGUGCGGCCCGGCCGCCCGCGUGUCCUUCACGGUGGGGACGGCCGACUGCGUUCGGCCCGCGAGUGGGGAGCAGGCUGCGGGAGGGCCGCUGGGGCGCAUGCCGGACGUGGUGCGGAGCGCCGCGUCGAGGAGGAGCGGCGGCGGCGGCGGCGGCGGCGGCGUUUUUCUGAGGGACACGAAUCCGUUCGUGGGCGACUCGUCACUCCGCCACCAGGAACCCGACCGGAUCUUGGCGCACGAAGAAAGUUGCUUUGACGACUACGAAGAGACGUUCUUCCACUCGCGCAGGCCUCCCGCGGAGCGCCAGAUGUCUCUGGGCCGAACGUCCCACGUGUACGGCGCCGCAAACCCCUUCUGCGGCGGCGCGGAGCUGCUGCCGCCCCCCCCGCACUGCUCCGGGGACGGCACGCAGCCGUGCUCGUACGGCAUGGCGGCCUCGGCACCGGAGUUUUCGCAGCCGCACGGCAUGGACCACUCGCAGGCGCUGCACUGCAGGAUGGAGUUUCGGAACGCGUCGCAUCGCGCGGUGGAGCACAAUCCCUUCGCGCAGAACAGCUACCAGGCGAUGCAGGAGUGGAGGCGAGCAUUUGAGAAUCCCCCCGUGAAAAAGUACGAGGCAUUCCUAAGUCCCACGGGUUACUGCGCCACGGGAGACCCGGGUUUUCUCGGAGAUCAGAACAUGAGCCGUCCUCAAAAAUCCGCCGUGAACGCCGCCGACAUGCAGUCCUGUGGCUUCUUUGACCCAGCAUGCUGUCAGAUGAAUCAGCAUUGCCACGGCGGCUUCGGCUGCAUCAACAAAGAUCAGGACGGGGGAGGAAGCUGCUACGAGGGGCGGCCGCCCGACUCGUGCGGCGGCCAGAGCCACUGUUGCGAGGGCGCCGCGUUCGCGCGGGCGUCGAGCGCCGCGCCUCGGUCGGACCCGGCGACGGCGUACUCGCGCGACGGCUCCGCCGUCUUUUGUGACGCCGCGCAGGGGGGCUUCGAACCGUGCUCUGCCGACGACGAUUGCCGGCGCAGAUCCUACAAGGGCGGCGGCGACUCGUUGGAGGGGAGGGCGCCGUUCGAGGGCGACGACGACGACGACGACGACGUCCUGGGCGACGACGCCGCCGCCGCCGCCGAGGACUUGGACCCGGCUCGCUGCGGCCACUGGCAGGUCUGCCCCAGCGUGCAGCAGCAGUGUCCCACGGCAAGGUGCCAGCGCGACGACGCGCGCGUGCCUCGCCUCGCCACGCCGCUGGCGAAGAAGACGGGUGGCUUCGCGGGAGGCCCGGUCCUUGGGGGCCACGCGGCGACCGCGGCGGCGUCGGUGGCGGGCGGGGACGCUUUGCCGGGCCUGGUCGGGUCGCAGCGCGACGGGUGGCGGCGCGUUUCUUCGGCGCCCUCGUUGGCGGACGCCUCGGUGGGGGCGGCGGCGGCGGCGGCGGCUCGGGACGGCCGCCGCCGCUCUCCCGCCCGCUCGGACGCGGCGCAGCCAUCUCUGCUGCCACCUGCAGGGGGCAAGGCCAAGAGGAAGCGGAAGAGAAGGCGGGCAGCCUCUUACAGGAAAGCUCACGGAGAGGACGAGGCGCUCGCGAAUGGGGGGGCGCCGGCUCCCGGCGGCGUGGGGGGUGGUGCCCUGGACGCGGGCGCCAGCGCGGCCCAGCCUGACGACCCGGCUCCGGAGUGCGUCUUCACCCUCAAGAUCCACGUGCCCGGAUCGGAGCCCUUCGAGCUGCAGGUGUCGUCGCAGGAGCUGGUGCAGGACAUCCAGCAGGUUCUGAUGGACCGCGAGGAGAGUUGCCACCGCACGUGCUUCUCGCUGCAGCUGGAUGGCGCCGCGCUCGACGCCUACUCGGAGCUGCGCGCCGUCGAGGGGCUGGGCGAGGGCUGCCUGCUGCGCGUCGUCGAGGAGCCGUACACGAUCCGGGAGGUGCGCAUCCACCUGCGUCACGUGCGCGACCUCCUCAAGAGCACCGACCUCUCGGACGCCUACAACGGGCAGGACGGCGUCUCGCUCUCCUUCCUCAACGCCGUCACCGACGGGGACGUGGCCGCGGAAGGCGUGCGUCGCAAGCGCCGCCCAGGCUUGGAGCAGGCGGGCUCCGAGUCCGUGGACUGCACCCCUCCCGAGUACAUCCUUCCGGGCUCGCGGGAACGCCUGCUGUGCCCCCUGCAGCCGCUGCCCCGAGACUACAAGCCCCUGCAGUGCCUGAAGGUGCUGACGACGAGCGGCUGGAACCCCCCGCCGGGGAACCGCCGCAUGCACGGAGACCUCAUGUACCUGUACGUGGUGACGGCUGAGGACCGCCACGUGAGCAUCACCGCCUCCACUCGCGGAUUCUACCUCAACCAGUCCACGGCGGAGGUGUUCAACCCGAAGGCAGCGUCCCCCAGCCACCUGUCCCACUCGCUGGUGGAGCUGCUGGCGCUCAUCAGCCCCACGUUCAAGAAGAACUUCGCCAUCCUGCAGAAGAAACGGGUGCAGAGGCACCCGCUGGAGCGCAUGGCCACGCCGUUCCAGGUGUACAGCUGGACGGCCCCGCAGCUGGAGCACACGGUGGACUGCGUGCGAGCGGAGGAGGCCUACACCUCCCGCCUGGGCUACGAGGAGCACAUCCCGGGUCAGACACGCGACUGGAACGAGGAAAUCCAAGCGACGCGAGAGCUUCCUCACAAGAACCUGACCGAACGAUUGCUGAGAGACCGCGCCAUCUUCAAGGUUCAGAGCGACUUCACGGCGGCGGCGGCGCGCGGCGCCAUGGCGGUGGCGGACGGCAACGUGAUGGCCAUCAACCCCGGGGAGGACGCGCGCACGCAGAUGUUCCUGUGGAACAACAUCUUCUUCAGCCUGGGCUUCGACGUGCGCGACCACUACAAGGCGGUGGGCGGCGACGCGGCGGCGCACGUGGCCCCGGCCCUGGACCUGGCUGGCGUGCGCGCCGUGUCGGCCCUGGACCCCGAGGGGCUGCACGUGCUGGCGACGGCGCUGGUGGACUACCGCGGCUACCGCGUGACGGCGCAGUCGGUGAUCCCCGGCAUCCUGGAGCGCGAGCAGGAGCAGGCCAUCGCCUACGGCUCCCUCGACUUCGGCGCCACCGUCGCCUGCUCCUCGUCGUCCGGCAAGCUCACGACGGCCGCCACCACGCGCAAGUUCACCACGCUGCUUGAGCGCGUCGCCAAGCCGCUGCACAUCCUGCGCCACAAGGUUCUCAACGAGAAAGACGAGGCCGUGGAGCUGUGCUCCUCCGUGGAGUGCAAGGGCAUCGUGGGUAACGACGGCCGCCACUACAUCCUGGACCUGAUCCGCACCUUCCCCCCCGACGCCAACUUCCUGCCGAUGGCCAUGGCCGAGGCCACGGACGACGUCCGAGCCGCGGAGAGCGACGGCGGGGAGACGGGGGCGGCGCAGGAGGAGCAGGGGAAGAAGAAGGAGGAGGAUCAGGAGGAGGAGCAGGGGAAGAAGAAGAAGGAGGAGGAGGUUCCAUUCCCGGAGGUGUGCACGAGCCUCGGCUUCCCAAGGACGCAUCGACACCGCCUGCCCUGCCUGCGUCACGAGCUCGUGGAUGCCUUCGUACAGAGCAAGCACCAGCAGUUCAUGCACCUCGCCAUCUCGCAGCACAAGGCGCUCAAGAAGGAAGGCGCAGACGAGGCCCAGGGCACCGACGAUGCGGAGGUGAACGGCCAUGACGUGAUGCGCAACGCGUGCCGAGCUGUGGGCUCUGUCAACGACGCGUUCUUCGACAUCCGCUUCAACCCCGACGUCUUCACCCCCACCGUGCGCUUCCCGGAGUCGGAGCGCGAGUCCGUUCAGCACCAGAAGCGGCUGCUGUUCGAGGCGGCUGCCUUCCUCGUCUCUGUGCAGAUGCCGGCGUUUCUGAAGGACUGCAUGGAGCAGCUGGUGGUGCCCAUGGACGGCUCCACGCUGGUGGAGGCUCUGCACCGGCGUGGGAUCGGGCUGCGCUACCUGGGCACGCUCGCCCGGAUGAUCACCGGCCUACCCGACGCUCACAAGAUCUCCUACCUCCACAGCCUGGUCAUCGUGGAGAUAAUCACGAGGUCGGCCAAGCAUCUUCUCAGGACCUACCUGCAGAACACUGACCUGUCGGGUCUCUCCAUCGCCGUUGCUCACUUCCUCAACUGCUUCCUGAGCGCCUGCUCCAACCCCGGAGCCCUCUCCUCCUCCUCCUCCUCUUUGUCUUCCUCGUCGGGCACCGCAGCCCUGGGCGCCGGGGGUGCGGGAACCGCGAACAACAACAACUCCUCCGCGUCGAACGCGCAGGCCUCCGAGGACGCGGCGUCGUCGGCGCCCAAGGGCAAGCGGCGUGGUCGGCGGCGCAACCAGCGCGGGGGUCACGGCGCGGGCACGGACAGCGGCAGCUGGGCCGCGCUGUCCCCCCAGCAGCUGUGGAAGAGCAUCCGCACGGAGGCGCGCGAGUACUACGCCAUCGACCUCGAGUGUGAUGGCGUGGACCAGGCCCUGGAGAAGUACGGAAUCCAGAAGCUCGCGCUCCUGCGGGAGAUCUGUCUCAAGGGGGGCAUCCAGGUGCUGCUCCGGGAGUACAACUUCGAGGGGCGGCACAAGGCGACCUUCACGGAGGAGGACAUCCUCAACAUGUUCCCGGUGGUGAAGCACCUGGACGCGCGCGCCACGGACGCGCAGCGAAUCUUCCAGACCGCCCAGGCGCACAUACAGCAGGGCUUCUUCAAGGAGGGCUGCACGCAGCUGGGAGAGGCGCUGAACCUCUACAACGGCGUGUACGGCGCGCUGCACGCCGAGAUCAUCGCCUGCCUGCGUCUCCUCGCACGCCUACACUACAUCCUGGGCGACCACGGAGAGGCUCUGAGCUGCCAGGAGAAAGCCACCAUGAUGAGCGAGCGAGUCCUCGGCAUCGACAGCCCGUACACCAUCCAGGAAUACAUGAACUUUGCCCUCUACUGCUUCACGAACGCGCACAUCUCGGCCGCGCUGAAGCUCCUCUACCGCGGGCGCUACCUCGCGCUGCUGCUCGUGGGAGAGGAUCACCCGCAGAUGGCCGUCUUCGACAGUAACAUCGGGCUGAUGCUGCACGGGGUGAGCGAGUACGAGCUGGCGCUGCGCUUUCUCGAGAAGGCGCACGGCACCAACGUCAAGUACGCCGGCGGCAAGUGCCUCCGCGCCGCACUCAGCCACCACCUGCUGGCACGCGUCUUCUCAAGCAAGGGAGACUUCCGCUCGGCGCUGCAGCACGAGAAGGAGACGUACACCAUCUACAAGGCGCAGUUCGGGGACGUGCACGAGAAGACCGUGGGCAGCUCCGAGUACCUGAAGCACCUGACCCAGCAGGCGGUGGCUCUGCAGAGAACCAUGAACGAGAUUUACAAGAACGGGGCCAAGCCCAGCAUCGCGCCCCCGCAGAUCUCGGCGCCGAGCAUGCAGAACAUCCUGGAGCUGCUCAACGCCGUCAACGGGAUCGUACUGCCCACGCUCGGGCGGGACGACAUCAUUAAGCUGAAGGCCGAGGUGCAGCAGCUGGAGGCGAUGGUGACCUCGCACAAGCAGGCCUUCUCGGAGAAGGGCUUCGUGAUGCCGGAAGGCGAAGUGGCCGAUGGCGACGACGACGCCGCGGCCGCCGCCACCUCCUCGGCGGAGGCCGCAGCCAACGGAGUGGCGGCCGCCAACGGAGACUCCCAUGAGCCCGAGCGGUCGGAGCAAGACGAGGACGUCCAGACGGCAGAGGCAUCCGCCGCGAACAGCUAAAAACGCACGUUUUAUAAUUAUUUAAAAUAAUCCCCCCCCGAAAAAAAAUACAAAUACCAACGAUGUGUAUAGCAGAAUUUGCGGAGGGCCCAAGUGGUGUGUGUGAGAGAGAGAGAUAGUGAAGUGUGCGUGCCCGAGGGCUUUUUCUUUGUUUAUUUUUGUUUGUUAGAUUUAGCAAGCGGCACUUGUUGAAAUGCUUUGGCCGAGGCGCCAGCCAUUAAAUACAAUGAAAUGAUAACGAUCGUGUUAUAUGAAAGAAAAAAAAGCCUUUAAUUUAAAAGAUUAAGCAGCAACAAAAACCCGCUGUCAUAUCUUGCCGAUGUUGCUAAUUGCUACGAAUAAUUACUUGGUGAUGGAAUCCUUAUACUUUUGUAUGUGCUGGAGCGAAUUUAAAAACCUUAAUGGCUUUAAUUAACAUACCUUUAUGUAUGUAUGUAUGUUGAACUUCUUUUGCACCGCACAUGGCCAACCGUGCUAAUCGGAGGUCCGGUGGAUGGACAACAAACUAAACCCAGAGCAGUUCUAAAGAAAUUAGUUUUCAAUGUAUCAGCUGCUAGGCAGUGGUUAAACAUUUGAACUGAAUUGCAGGCUUCUGUGAGUGGUGUGGGCUCUUUAUAUGUGUCGUCGUUGCUUGAAAAAUUCCGGUCUUCGCUAACGGACUUAAAGUCCGGAUGCUUGCUUGCUUACUUGGAAAAAAAAAAAGCUUAAUCGCAAGUAGAAUUUAAAAACUGAUAUAAUAAUGUUAAAAUCAACUGUUGAGCCCAUUGGGUAUAUACAAUUGAAUUUACGGCAACACGCAAGGACCGUAUCAAGAGUAAAAAAAAUCGAAGAGUUGUCGUUACAUCACUUACAUCGCGCAGAGUCGAACGUUUCGGGGUGGAUGUUUGCGAUUUAAAAUGUUGAAGUCAAAACAUUGUAUUUUUUGAUACAGAUCAAAUCACCAUUUGCAAAUAUGAAACGAUACCAAGAAUUAAGCGUCGCGUGAAUACUGAUGUCAACAAUCGAGCACAGUUCGGUUUAGAUGCCGUCUCCCCAAGUACGUGAUUGCUGAAGCGUUAGUUCUGUCACCGCUGCCGCGGAUGCCUCCAAGUGCUCAAAUGAUGGGGGGGGGGGGGGUGGUGGUGGUGCGCGACUGCUGUUGUGCUCCCUGCGUGGAGCAUGGUGGAACGUGUGACCCCUUGAGCUCGAUGUGACGCGUAAAAAAGUUUCCAAACACAACGGCCGUACGUACGUGUAAAUGGGUCUUCCCCGCCCGCCUGAACUGCACGCGUUCAAGAAAUGUACUCGAACGUAAUUCGCUUCGGGGUCGAGGGGCGCGCGUGCGACCUUGAGGAUGAAGGCAAGCGGUUGAACGUGGACACCUUUUGCCGUAAAAUUGCCCAACUCGUUAAGGGGUUAUACACCCGCAAACGAUUACCCAAAUCCGUUGACUUCCAAAUGAUACUUUCUCCACACCCACCAGUGAUCACCUUUUCCGUUUGUGUACUGAUAAUCAGACCCGCGCACAAGUUACCAUUCGUAUAAUCCUGCUGUGUAUGUACAUUGCACACGCAAAGUCAUUCUCCUGUUCACAGGCAAGUACAAGUCAAAAACAGAUGGGCCCCAUGGGUCACAUUUGUUUCCUGGGUCUAAAAAAGAAAUCUUAUUUAUAAAGGAAAGUUCAGGAGCACCUGAAUCUCGGGGGGGGGGGGGGGUGCCUCCAGAGUGCCGGCGCAUCACAAUUGACAUCUCCGGAAAGAGUGUUGCGUUAUGAGGAAGCCCAGCAGGCCUUGUGGAGUGCGGCGAGUGUCGCGAGGAGCCGUUGGGUACAGCGGAGGUGUGUGGAGCGGGGGGUGGGGGUUAUCCGUCCGUGCGUGUCAAGUUGUGGGCUGGCCACUAACCCCCCCCCCCGCCCAGGUGUGUAAUGUUCUGUCUCACGUGGUGUGGCUGAGCCCGUGCUAAUAAUGAAUAAAGUGGUGUGGGUCACGGCUACACGCGUACUCUGCUUGGGCUUGGCUUCACCGCGAAGGUGGCAGACGCCGCUUAGCAUGAGGUCCCAUUUGCCUGCAUUCACGUUGCCAGUUUGAAAUGCACGUGUACAUAAUAGGGGGGGGAUGCCCCUAUUUUGCCCCCCAACCCCUAACGAUCGCCACGAUGGCUACAAGAGCAGUAAUAUCUCCCACCGCCUCUUCCCCCCCCCCCCCCCCCGGAAAUUUGUACGAGUUUUCACGAUCAAAUGCCCAAGCUGCCGUUUCACAAUCGGUUAUGUAUUUUUUGUCCUGUUUUAUUUUUACUGAUGAGUUUGCAAAUUGUUUCAUCUUUACAGUGCUCAUCGUCGCGCGAGCACAACUGCAAGCGUCACAGCGUAUCGUUUUUUUACGUCAUCCUUAAAUCGGAGCAUUUGCUCUCUUUCGCACGCCCACGAUUCGGCGCGUGAAUCGUGAGCUUUUUGACCAGUGGUUUUCAAAGUGGUGGUCACCCCCACCAGCAGGGUGCCCUCCAGGUGGGUCCUCCAGGUGGGUCCUCCAGGUGGGCCCUCCAGGUGGGCCCUCCAGGUGGGCCCUCCAGGUGGGCCCUCCAGGUGGGCCCUCCAGGUGGGCCCUCCAGGUGGGCCCUCCAGGUGGGCCCUCCAGGUGGGUCCUCCAGGUGGGUCCUCCAGGUGGGCCCUCCAGGUGGGCCCUCCAGGUGGGCCCUCCAGGUGGGCCCUCCAGGUGGGCCCUCCAGGUGGGCCCUCCAGGUGGGCCCUCCAGGUGGGUCCGCGUUGGCUGUGAUGCAAGGCGCAGCUCGAGCCGGUCAAUAAUGACGGAGUUCAUUACCUUUUAUUUUUAUUUUGGACGUUAAUAUUUUACUUAAUGAAAAAAAUGGAACUUGGGAUAAACUUACCCUGCUUUUGAACUACCCUAACCCUAAGAUAUAAAUGGCCACCCCAAAAAAAAAACCGCUAUAGCUUUGGUUUCUUUUUGUUCCGGUAAUAUAAAUCGCUUUUGUAUUACUAGCAUUGUCACCAGGGGUGAUGGUUGGGUGGGGGGGUCCGGGGGCUGGGAUGGUCCGUGGGGAAUGUGUGCGUCGGCUGAGUGGACCACGGGCCAAAAAUCACCGUUGAAGAAUACAUGUGAACGAGGCGGGGCGGGGGGGGGUGCCACGUUGAACGAGGUCGAACGAAAACAGAACAUGCCACACGCCUGGUGAGCGACAGCGCUGGUUCCGUUCACACUCGCGAGUUCGGCUCGCCUCGGCCUCCACGUCCCCCCAGGCUGCUUGGGGCGGCUGCUGUUGCUGAUAUUUCGUCCUCCCUUCUCCCCCCAGUUCGCUUCCAAUGUGGGAUUUGGCCACCAGGCCCUCCCCGGUACGGCCAGCGGUGAGGCCACGUGUUAUAUAUAUCCCCACGUCUAUAAUCUUCGGUGCGGUGUCAACGCUGCGAUGCGACGCGAUUUCGCAAAUGUCUGUCCACGUAUUUUGUUCAGGGUCUCUCUUUCUCCCCCCCCCCCCUCAAGUCUCUGCCGACGUUCACAAAACUGUUCGUUGGCUUCCUGGCACUUCGACUUGCACACUUGCACAUCUGCACGCGUAAACGUGCCCACGGUGUGCACGUGCAGCACGCCGGAACCUCGAGGGCUAGUUUUGAACGAGGGCACACUUGGUAACGGGUUAUCGGGCUUAUUUCUUCAGACACCUGAAUGUUAUCGCGUCUGUGUUUAUGGGGCUGAUGGUUUGUGGGUGUUGGCUGUGGCUACUGAUGUAAUGGGGUGUUGCUUUUUUUCCCUCCACCGUGCGAAAAAUUGGGUGAAUAUUUUUGUUUUUUUAAGGGGGCUGAUAUUUGGGUAUAAUGUUGGCGAAGCGGCGCAAGGAAUCGGAACGGGGCGUGGGUGGCGGUGCGGAGGUCGAUCACGGGGAGGGGGGGGGGUCCCCCCUUCCAGUGAACAUGUCCACACACAGGGUGGGUUCUGCUCGACACGGCUAAUUGAGAGCACCAGUUUGUCGUCACUGCUGCAGCCAAUAGAGAAACUUUUCUACCCAUACGGGAAGAGGGGAGGGGAGGGGAGACUUUAAUUUCGACUGUGGCGAGGGACACCUUUGUGUGCGUUCGACGGGCUUGGUAGAGGGAGAGAGAGAGAGAGACGCGGGGUUGUGCACGUCUCUCAUAGCUUAAAAGCAAAGAAACGUGAGCAUUUUUUUUCUGAUUUUGCAAUGAGAUGAGGUUUUGGUGGUGGUGGUGGUGUAUUUUUUGUGCGUGGAAUUGGGGUCUUAACGGCAAAGCGGUGUGAGGCCCUGGAGCAGCAUUGGAAGCGGUUGAACCACAUCCCCAAGGGGAACCGGGGGCGUGGUGGGGCUGGGAGGUGACUGUGGCAUCGUAGGUUUCUCGUGUCGCGUCGGGGAACACUUGCAGCUGCUGCGACGCAAGCUGCUCACUCCCGCAAAGCUGUAAAUGCUCUCUGAUGGGUGCAUUGUCCUUGUACUGUUCGCCUUUUGGCGUUCUCUGGUCCGACGCUGGUAUUUGAGACACUAGGCCACAAAUAAGGCUCUUUGCUGUCUCUGUAUGCCAAUCGGUUUCACAGACUGCGAAGAUUAUCAGAGCAAUGUUUGUUUGCAUGUGCGUGUGGUGGAUGCAGACUUGGUUUAUUUGUGCUGUUUGAACAUCUUGACACCUGUUUUAUUGCCAGAAAGGGUAAAACUUAUAAUUUUUUUCUUACUUUGAUACUGGCAAAAAAAGGUCCCAUGAUACUUGCAGGUUGUGUACGCAACAAAAAAAACUAAAUAAUUGUGCGGCUUGACUACCCCACCCCUCUUCAUUAUCACGCCCAGAGGAGUUUGAAAAAAUAGUGUGACUGAUGUUUUUGCGUGUGAUUUUUUUUGUUUGUUUUGUAAAUGUCUUUUUAUUUUCCCGAUGUCUCAUCUGAUGCUGGGGCCAUGCGGUCUGCCCCACGUGGAUUUGAAACCCUAUCGCCCACAGGGAGGCGCUAAGUAAGCAUUUAUUGGUCGUGUUUGUCCCUUCAAUAAACGAACGGCAUGCGUGUCCACGACCACGAGGCCCUAUGAGCGCUCCAUUAUGACCGCAGUGGCACCAAACAGCGAAUGCGUAUUAGAGGUGUUUCUGGUCGUGCUUCCCCAUAAUAUUCAAACAGUGAGCGCUGGUAUCCUCCGAAGAAAUCCCAACGAGAAUCUGCUUGGACGAGCAAUGGGAUGUGCGCUCGUCGUGGUGGUGUGAAUUCCAUGUUCCCAUGCCGGGAUCGGCGGGUGGGGUGUGGUCAGCCUUGACACCAAGGACAACUCGCGUUCGACUCUCCACAGAGUGGUUCUCAUUGAGCCCUGAAGCUGCACCGACACCACGUUUUGCCACGCUGAAGUCGGUCCUCGCAACCCCAACCACGUUACGCCUCUCCUGCAUUGUGGUUGUUUCCAUCUUUCUCAAUCACAAGUUGCCAUUUACACGCCUGCACGCCUCCUGAUGAUUGUCCAAACGCGUCCCCACUCCCCGGCAUGUCUUAGAGAGGGAGGGAGCCCUUGGUUUGAAUCGGCGCUCGCUGCACGUUCUGACUGCAUUGUUAACUAUUUUGUAGUUUGAGCGCAGAGGAGAAUUGUGACCAUAGCGAAAGGUGACCCGUGGUGGCGGACUGUACUUUCGUGAACUUGGACCCUAUACUCGAGCAAAGCCUAGUGGAUUCAUUUCCUUCACUUUGGCUCCUUUAGGAGAAAAUACGAUCGGUGGAAAUCGCCAUCAUCAUCAUCCUACCAUGAGAUAAUCCCAGCUGGGGCUACUCACUUGGGACUGCAGAGGCCCCCCCCUCCCCCCAUGAGCUGUGUCGACCUCCAGGCAUCCUAUCCCCACAAGCCGUCUCUUCGUCAUCAUCUUCAUCUUUUUUAAGGCGUUCGAACGUGAUGAAAUGCAAAGCUUCCGAGCGCCACCGCACAUUGGUAGUGGCUCUACUCUCGUCUGCGUUCUGGGCUGCGCUCUCAAACGUCGGUCAGUCCUCGCUCCCACGUGCGCGCAAGCGGUUCGCGUUUACCAAUCAUCAGGCGCGUGCGUGCGUGCGCGCGCGCUCGCGACGCGUCGGCGGCUUGCAACCCGGAUCUAAAUUGGGGAGCUGAGCAAGCCCCCCCCCUCCCCCCCCGCAUGAGGCGCCGCAGUGUUGACCAAACACGAGGACGGAAUGCCCCGUGUCGACAAUAAAUUGUGCGCGCGCGUGCGCAAAGAAAA